GACGAGAUGUUCGUUUACUUCGACAUAUGAUCAUAAUGUUUAGUAUUUUUAUUGGAGGAUGGACUCCAUUAUAUUUAUUACUUGCUAUUGAAAAUGCGUUUUACAUCCAUCCAAUUUUAUUAUCAUGCUUUACAAUUUGGUGUGAAUUAGCUUUACUAUGUGAUAUUAUUGAUCUUUAUUUAUACAAUCAUGAAUUGAGAAAAUAUUUACAAACGAUAUUUUCACGAUGUAUGCCAAAAAUAAAUCAAACAUAA